AAACCGAACAUGCGCGGCCAAACGGUUCUCUUUCACUUGCGCGCUUGUGAGAGAAGGUUGUCUGUCGGAGUGCUCGUCUGUUGAAACGGUUUUCAAGUGUUAUUUUUGGAAGUACUUGUUUUUACCCUCCGAUAAACAUGGCAGAUACAGUUGCUGAAGUGAAGGACGCGACCAAGGCCUCCCCCGAGAAGCAGAAGGAGGAGAAGAAGGUAGAGGCGGUGGACGAGGACAGCAAGACGUCGGAGAACGGAGACGACAAGCCCCGCGAGAAUGGCACCUCUGACGACGCCAGCGAGGAGUCCAAGGACACGGAGCCAGAGUCCACGGAGAAUGGAGACGUCGCAGCCUCGCCGGUGGCGUCGGCCAAGAGGAAAAGCGGGGCCGGCGACGCCCCGGAGCUGACGCCCGAGAAGAAGGCCAAGGUGGACGACAAGGCCAAGGCAGACAAGGUGGACAGUGCAGAAGCCAAUGGUGAAGCGGAGGCGACCGCUUAGGGCCUUCUCCGCCUGUGCUCCGCCAAAAAAAAACAAACCACCUUUAAUUUAACAAAUAUUUGUAUUCGUGUGUGAGUUUUUGUCGGGCGCCAAGUCGCGGGAGCCGGCGCCCGCACUGGUGCCCGAAGGGAACCGUUCUUGUCUCUUCGUCUUUUACUUAAUGCUCACGAGUAAUAGUUUUCUGUUUUUAUACUAAUCGACACUGCAGAAGAGUGCAUUUAUUGAUUUUUAUUGCUGUGUUUUUUUUUGUUUUGUUUUUAAAACAUGUUCAUCCCUGGAGAUGAGUUAUACAAAUGUUUCAUUUGAGUACCUAAUGUAAAUGUAGUUAAUGUGGUUUACGUUACAUUCCUGCGUCGAAGGACGUUGCUGACGUCUGCUGCAGCCGCGGCAGUCUCUGGCACGUUGCCGGGGCCACGCCCCAUGCAGCAGUAUUUUCCAAGAGAAAGAAGUGUAAUAUUUGUAUGUAUCGCAGUUUCUGUGUGCUUUAGGGAUUUUGAGUAUUGAUGUUAACACGCAGUAACCACGUUUGCAGUUAUGGCGCCGGUGAGCGAGAGAUCUGGGCCGGGACGAUGCUGGCUCCACUGGUUGAGCCCCUCCGACUGAACCACUCGUUUUCAAAUGUUCCCUGGUCCUGGCAUAUUUUAUUAGUAACAUAACUUUUCAGCUGGUGCUGUGAACAUCACUCAGCACUGUCAUUUUCUCUUUGAAGACAUGCGUGGGUGGGAGUGUCACAUGUUGUUUAUUUCUUCAUUUGAGACAUAUUAAAUUUUUGUAUAUGUUUUUUACUCUUAACAUUGGUGCUGUUUGCAAGAUAGGAGCUGUAGCUUUGUAGCUUUUUGUGGGUUAAGCUAAACCUGUUGCUAGCCGUUCAGCAGUCACGUGGGGCACAACACGGUUGACUCAAAAUAGGAAAGCCGCCAAAAAAACGGGCGACACGUUGUGCAGCGCAUUCUAUUGGCAUGUCCUGCUCCUACAGCAUUUGGGACAAUGUUAUUUUAGCGAUUUUUAUUUAACGUUUUUUAAAAGUUUUCUUCAGUAGUUGUAAUUUAUUAUGGCUGGAACAAUCUCAAACUACAAAACAUCAAAACAAUAAACAAAAACAUUUGAUUUGGCACAUUUACUGCGCUCUGGUGACAACUUCAGAAAUCAAUACAUUCGGACAUCGCAAUUGUGGACAGGGCAGUUUUCGGUGAGACAAUGUGACGUCACUCACAUUCGGAUAAGGACACGGACCACGCACAGGUUCGGACUAUUGUAUACGGACUCUUAAGUAACCCACUCCAUUACUUCAUUACCAUGAUAACCUUUGUAUGCCUUUUUAUGGUUUAAAAAUUUUCACUUAUUGAUAGGUAUACCAAAUAUUGUUAUACUGCAGGAUUAGUUACUGAAUAAUCUUCUUAAUAAUUCCCAAGGUGCAAACAGUGGGUGUUGAAAUGCAAGCGAAGUGACUUGGAUGUUGUGCUCAGAAAGAAUGGACCUGAUCAUUUUAAAUCCAGAUGACCUGGUCAUUUUAAAUCCAGAUGCAUUUGUUCUUGACCAUUUUAAGAAUGAGGAUUUGCAUAACCCUAACCUGCCAUCACAAGGGUAAGAACAAAUAUGUUAAUUUUUAAAUCUUUGAACAUUUGUUCAGGUUUUCUACAUUUACAGUAUAUACUUGGUUUAUCUGAAUGGUUGGUUUGGUUAGGCUGGGUACAACACAAAUCCUGUAAAUUGGGCAACUUUCGGACAGGGACUCUCCUGAUGAAAUGGAAACAAAAAAGGAAAGGAAACUAUGUUCCUUGCAUUCUAGACACACAUAUUGUGGAGCUGCAAACUAAAUCAAUUAAAAUAUAUGCUUUCAUAAAUCAUCCUAAUUGUUUUGGACUACAAAAAAUAGCAACUGUCUGUGCUAUUUCUGAAAUUCAAAAAUUUAUUACCUUUUUACUUACUUGCAUUCUUACCUUGGCUAAAUCUGCAAACUCCAAAGGUAAUUUAUGUGCCCAUAAGGGGUGCUGCCAAGAUAGCUACUUUUUAAACUACCCUGUGGUCUACAAUAAUUUAUUUAUACCAUAUUUUAAGUGGAUGCUUGUUUGAAAAAUAAUUCAAAAAAAUUUUAAAAAUGGUAUUUUUGUAGUUCCUCUCAUUCUAUUUAAUGACUCAACUGUACGUAACUGCUAUAUUUCAAGAGUUCAUCAGGACUUACUUAUUUCAACAGUUGUGAAAAUUUUGUUUGCUACAUAAAAAAACUAAAAUAGGUUAGCUACAUUUAUUCUGUAAUUUUUUUUUAACAGUUACUUACAUUGUGUUAGCUACAUUUAAGUUACUUUAAUUUUUGUAUAUGGUUAGGUAAAACUAGCGAUAUUGAGAACUCUCACUUUUGUUUUUGGAACAAGUACAUCUUAUUUUUUUGUAUAUUUUUAAUUUUUUAUUCGAGAUGUAACUUUUAGGAAUUUACCUGUGUUUAAUUUUUUUGCGGAAUAUUUACGAAGUAAACAAUUUGGUGUGUAUUUAAUUGUUAAAUGCUCUCAGCUGUGUCCUUUAGUUUGUAAUGUUUGAAAUGACAUCAUUUUUCAGAUCUUAGUCAAUAAAUCUGUAGAUUGUCAAAAACGUGUUCUGGUUAUGAAACACUGUUUUAAUACAAAUACAAGGAUGGUAAAUUAAUUUCGCGAUGAUAACAAGUUUUCAAAAGACGAGAGAAAAAAUGUGCCAAAAUCGGGAAGCCUACAACUCAGUUUCGGUUCCCUACCAUGUUCGUGCAACUUUGGAUUUCUCUCAAAAAUUGAAAUUAAAAAAAUUGAAAGGUUAGGUCAGGUCAGUCACAUGCUUGUUUUCAUUGGAAACUUAUGAUUUAGCGGCUGAAGUGGCGUUAAUACCAAAACGCAAAACUUCGGAAAUUCUUGCAGGGAACCGAAACUACGUGAGUUGUAGGCUUCCCGCCGAAAUCGCCCAUUAUAAUACACGGAAAUUUGAAUUUCGCGGGCGUUCUGCAGGACAAGCCGCUAGGAUCGCUGCAGUCAUGUGUCGCCAGCGCUAGCCAUGUUAAAUGGCCUGAGUUUCCUAUAUUGUUCUUCUACAAUAUUUGGUGCAAGUCUGGACUGGGGAGCCGGCAUCGUCCAGUGCAAACAUACCUUGUUUUCUUGGCAGAAAUCUUCACCAUACUGUGUUCUUUCUCAAGGUUUUCUACUUGCUUCUUUUUUAUAUACAAAACUUUUUAAAUGGGCCGACAGUUUUUCAUGAUUUUUCUGUAUUAAUUAUAGAUUUGGCUGGCCAGAAUAGCGUGUGUUAGUGUCUCACUACAGAUGGUGUAUUGUACAAACUUCAAUGGUGAAUGUUAGCCCUGUAGCUCGUAACACUGCCUGCUGGGACAACUUACGAAUGUACAACUACUAGAUUAACAUUGUGUUCACAUGUACUGUGUGCGGCAAUAAAGAGUUAGUUUCAAAUACCA